UGAGAGGAAUCUAGGAACAUCGCAGAUAGCGGAGUUGUUUCCGGACGGACUGUACACAGGACAGCGCGAAACAUGGCGUUCAAUUUUGGCGGCGCUGCCGCACCAAAUCCUGCAAGCACUUCAGGAUUUUCAUUUGGUUCAUUCGCUGCCAAAACAACAGCACCCACCGCUUUUGGUUUUGGUCCUACCACAACAACUACAGCUUCCACUGGAUUCGGUAGUUUUGGUACGGGUUUCGGUGCUCCUGCCACGACUGCUGCCGCCACUGGGUUUAGCUUUGGCGCCCCUACCGCAGGUUUUGGGGGGCUGGGUGCAGUCAGCACCACUGCCGGGGGUUUUAGUUUUGGGGGGUUUGGAAUAAAUGCCAACCCAGCCGCCGUCAACUUUAAUGUGGGUGGCUUUGGGCCCCCCACCACCACAGCCACCGUUUUCAAUUUUGGCAAUAGCAUUGCUAGUGCAGGCCCUUUUGGAGGGUUCGGGACCGCCACCACUUCUGCCGCACCUGGGUCAACAUUUAGUUUUGCCACACCCUCAAACACUGGAGGUGGCCUGUUUGGGGCUCCCCAGAAUAAGGGCUUUGGCGGCUUCUCUGGUCUGGGCGCUGCGCCUGCCGGGAUGAGCGGCUUUGGGACGGGCAUGACCGGAGGUGGUUUGGGCUUUGGGGGCUUCAAUAUGCAGCCUGCACAGCAGCAGCAAGGAGGUCUUUUUGGGCAGCAAGCCCAGGCUCCAGCACAGUCCAACCAGCUCAUAUACACAGCCAGCGCCCUGUCGGCACCCACCCUACUGGGUGAUGAGCGAGAUGCCAUCCUGGCCAAGUGGAACCAGCUGCAGGCCUUCUGGGGCACAGGCAAGGGCUUCUUCAACAACAACAUGCCCCCAGUGGACUUCACCCAAGAGAACCCCUUCUGCAGGUUCAAGGCCGUGGGCUACAGCUGCACCCCUGGGAGUAAGGAUGAGGAUGGGCUGCUGGUGCUGGUGUUGAACAAGAAGGAGGCUGACGUGAGGGCCCUGCAGCAGCAGCUGGUGGAGACCCUGCACAAGGUGCUGGGAGGACACCAGAACCUCAGCGUCAACGUGGAGGGAGUCAAGACGCUGCCCGACGACCAGACCGAGGUGAUCAUCUACUUGGUGGAGCGCUCCCCUAACGGCACGUCCAAGCGGGUUCCGGCUAGCACGCUCUUCAACUUCGCGGAGCAGGCCAAUGUCAAGAUGCAGCUGCAGCAGCUGGGCGUGCUCAUGUCCCUCACACGCACCGCCCUCUCCCCGGCCCAACUCAAGCAGCUGCUCCAGAACGCGCCCGCAGGUGUGGAUCCCAUCAUAUGGGAACAAGCCAAAGAGGAUAACCCUGACCCUGAUAAGUUGAUUCCUGUGCCAAUGGUGAGCUUUAAGGAGUUGCUCCGCCGGCUGAAAAUCCAGGACCAGAUGACCAAACAGCACCAGACCAGAACUGAUAUAAUUGCCAAUGACAUUAGCGAGCUGCAGAAGAAUCAAGCAACCACUGUGGCCAAGAUAGCUCAGUAUAAGAGGAAGCUGAUGGAUUUGUCCCACAGGGUGUUACAGGUGCUGAUAAAGCAGGAGAUCCAGAGGAAGAGUGGCUAUGCCAUCCAGGUGGAUGAGGAGCACCUCCGGGUGCAACUGGACACCAUCCAGUCCGAACUCAACGCCCCUACGCAGUUUAAGGGCCGACUGAAUGAACUGAUGUCCCAGAUUCGCAUGCAGAACCACUUUGGGGCUGUGCGCUCAGAGGAGAGAUACAGCGUGGACACCGACCUGCUUAGAGAGAUCAGACAGCACCUGAAACAGCAACAGGAUGGUCUAAGCCACCUGAUUGGUGUCGUCAAAGAUGACAUGGAAGACAUCAAACUCAUCGAGCACGGUCUCCACGACAGCGUUCACAUAAGAGGGGGCAAGCUGAGCUGACCUUCACGUACGCACCGACACAGCCUGGAAACUCCAGCUUCAGACUUCUCCAUCCACCUGAAUAAAACUUUGAUAAUGUGAAAACGUUCCACGCAGGUCAAGUGCCUUGUUGAAACAUCUUUGUGAGAAUGGCACCCAUGGUUUAGCUGAUUGAGACGGGUCAGGAUCGCUUUUAUUCUCAAAUGGAUGUACUGUUUACUGCAUUCCAAACUUCUCCGACUCAGAAUAUAACUCCUCUUGCAUAUUUUUGUGUACACAGGGGUUUAUUUGGGGUAUACUCCCAGUGUGUGUGUUUUUUUAUAUAUAUAUAAAUAUCACAUAAAAAGGCUUAUCCUGAAGCAAUAAAUUGGAGAAGAAACUUUAUAGUUUUGCCAUGAUUGUUCUGUAAAUACAUGUUUUAUUGCAUUUGAUCGUGUAUUUUAUAUGCUAUAAUUGGCAGGAAAAUGAGCUCAUUGUUUAAAUAAAGAUGUGCAUGUUAUAAUAUUUAUAA